AUGCCUUCAAUCCAACACUCCACAUCCUCUAAAUCAAACUCAUCAUCUGCAAACUUCGAUGAGCAUAGAUGGGUUACCCAAAUCAGUCGAACACUCCAAGAAGAGCUUGAGGAUGAUGCUGAAGUUCCUGUCUCUAUAUUCAAUGUCCCCAAAAUCCUGAUGGCUAGUGAUCCUGAAUCCUACACACCACAAGAAGUAGCCAUUGGCCCGUACCAUUAUUGGAGGCCAGAGCUGUAUGAAAUGGAGAGGUACAAGCUAUCCUCAGCCAAAAGAGCCCAAAAACACCUCCAAAGUGGUCAUAAGUUUCAAGAUCUUGUUCAACACUUAAUCAAUCAUGAACACAAGAUUCGAGCUUGUUACCACAAGUACUUGGACUUCAGUGGCGAAACUCUGGCUUGGAUGAUGGCCAUAGAUGCCUCAUUUUUGCUUGAGUUCCUUCAAGUUUACGCUAUCAAAGAAGGAAAUAUGGUUCGAUCUAGACUCUCCUCAAGGAUGUCACACUUGGUUGACUGUACAGGGAGAAAGUCAGCUCACAACUCUAUUCUAAGAGACAUAGUAAUGCUCGAAAACCAAAUCCCAUUAUUCCUUUUGAGAAAGAUAUUGGAGUUUCAGUUUUCGUCGCUUGAAGUUGCCGAUGACAUGUUGUUAACCAUGUUGGUGGGAUUUUGCAAAGAGCUUUCUCCUUUCAAGAUGAUGGAACAUCAUCAAGACUCGCCAGAGAUUAUUAAAUUCUCCGAGUGUGCUCACUUGUUGGACUUCUUAUACAACAUGAUCACACCAGCAAUGGAAGGCGAACGACAAGACGAAGUUAUUGAAGUUGGCGAGGAUCAAGAACAAGAAAAAGAGAGCUCUUUUGGUAAUACAGACUCGGUGAAAAAGCUUCUCUCUAUAUUUUGGAAGAUGGUUUCGAAGCUAAACAGAGGUCCAAUACGUCUUCUCAAAAGGGUAUUUUUUUCUAGACCAAUUAAAGUGAUUUUGAAACUGCCAUGGACAAUCCUAUCCAACCUUCCUGGAUUCAGACUCCUGAAAACUCCAGUUGAGUACUUGUUUUUCAAUGAAGACAAAGAAGAAGCCAAACCAGAAGAAGAGAGUUCUAGUAGUUCUAAUAACAAUAAUAAGCCACCAUUGAUGGAAGAGAUCUCUAUCCCUUCGGUGACUGAGUUGUUCGAAUCCGGUGUUCAUUUCUUGCCUACAAACGGUAACCUCUCAACCGUUACUUUUGACGUUAAUACAGUUACUCUUUACCUCCCCGCCGUUAGUUUAGACGUCAAUGUCGAGACUAUAUUGAGAAACUUAGUGGCUUAUGAAGCAUCAAACGCAUCUGGGCCGUUGGUUUUUACUCGUUACACUGAGCUAAUGAACGGGAUUAUUGAUACCGACGAAGAUGUUAAGGUACUAAGAGAGAGAGGUAUCAUUAUGAACCGUUUGAAGAGUGAUGAAGAAGUGGCUAACUUAUGGAAUGGGAUGAGCAAGUCGAUUAGAUUGACGAGAGUGCCCUACUUGGAUAAGGUCAUUGAAGAUGUGAACAAGUAUUACAACGGGAGAUGGAAGGUCAAGUUUGGAAAGUUCAUGAAGCUUUACGUGUUUGGGUCGUGGCAGUUUCUUACGUUGUUGGCCGCCGUUUUGAUGUUGCUUUUGAUGGGUUUGCAAGCGUUUUGCUCGGUGUACACUUGUGCUCGCAUUUUAAAAAUCGACACCACUAAUAUUUAAUUAAGGUCAAACUGUUUGAUUUGUGUUUGGUCAUUAAUAAAAUUAUGUUCAUUGUUCAUUCUAUUAUG